CGGACAGGAAGCCUCUCGGAGAUAGUCUGCGACUGGACAGCUCUAGGUGAGACAGAAGCCAAAGAGGAGGAGGAAGUGGAGGAACUUUGGUCUUUUGAAAUACUUCAACCAUGACUAAAAGAGAAGCAGAGGAGCAGAUAGAAAUUGAGAUUGAUGGAACAGAGAAACCGGAGUGCACAGAAGAAAGCAUUGUAGAACAAACCUAUGAUCCAGCUGAAUGUGUAAGCCAGGCCAUAGACAUCAAUGAACCAAUAGGCAAUUUAAAGAAACUACUAGAACCAAGACUACAGUGUUCUUUGGAUGCUCAUGAAAUUUGCCUGCAAGAUAUCCAGCUGGAUCCAGAAAGAAGUUUAUUUGACCAAGGAAUAAAGACAGAUGGAACCGUACAGCUUAGUGUACAGGUAAUUUCUUACCAAGGAAUUGAGCCAAAGCUAAACAUCCUUGAAAUUGUUAAACCUGCGGACACCGUUGAAGUAGUUAUUGAUCCAGAUGCCCACCAUGCUGAAUCAGAAGCACAUCUUGUUGAGGAAGCUCAAGUCAUAACUCUUGAUGGCACAAAACACAUCACAACCAUUUCAGAUGAAACCUCAGAACAAGUGACAAGAUGGGCUGCUGCACUGGAAGGUUAUAGGAAAGAACAAGAACGCCUUGGGAUACCCUAUGAUCCCAUACAGUGGUCCACAGAUCAAGUCCUGCAUUGAGUGGUUUAGGUAAUGAAGGAAUUCAGCAUGACCGAUAUAGGCCUCACCACCCUCAACAUUUCUGGAAGAGAAUUAUGUAGUCUCAACCAAGAAGAUUUUUUUCAGUGGGUCCCUCGAGGGGAAAUUCUCUGGAGUCAUCUGGAGCUUCUUCGAAAAUAUGUAUUGGCAAGCCAAGAACAACAGAUGAAUGAAAUAGUUACAAUUGAUCAACCUGUGCAAAUUAUUCCAGCAUCAGUACAGUCUGCUACACCAAGUACAAUUAAAGUUAUAAAUAGCAGUACAAAGGCAACUAAAGUACAAAGAGCUCCAAGGAUCUCAGGAGAAGAUAGAAGCUCACCUGGGAACAGGACAGGAAACAAUGGCCAAAUCCAACUAUGGCAGUUUUUCCUAGAACUUCUUACUGACAAGGAUGCUCGAGACUGUAUUUCUUGGGUUGGCAAUGAAGGCGAGUUUAAGCUAAAUCAGCCUGAACUGGUUGCACAAAAAUGGGGACAACGUAAAAACAAACCUACAAUGAACUAUGAGAAACUCAGUCGUGCAUUAAGGUAUUAUUAUGAUGGGGACAUGAUUUGUAAAGUUCAAGGCAAGAGAUUUGUAUACAAGUUUGUCUGUGACUUGAAGACUCUUAUUGGAUACAGUGCAGCAGAGUUGAACCGUUUGGUCACAGAAUGUGAACAGAAGAAACUUGCAAAGAUGCAGCUCCAUGGAAUUGCCCAACCAGUCACAGCAGUAGCUUUAGCUACUGCUGCUCUGCAAACAGAAAAGGAUAAUUGAGCCCAGGACCUUCUGGGACUCCAAGGUCUUUCUUAAACAUUUAGAGCAAGUAUGGCUCUUACCUUUAUUACUGAAUUUAAAUUUUCUUUUAUUUCUAGACUGUACAAUCUGAUGCAUGAUUUUUUUAUAAAUAUUUCAUACUCUUGUGAAUUUGGAUCUUUUUACUUUGAGCAUAUGUUUUAGAAUAUGUGUAUGUUAAAGGAUCACCACAAUGUCUGCAGCGUGAAGGCAGGUUCAUUGUGGAAUAGUUUGUUAACAGUCAGGAAAGCUAAACUGGUCAGUAUUAAUGUCUAGCCCUACCAAAAAUAGCCAGUAGCAUUUGAAAAUGAAAAAUGAAGUAUCUCCAGGAAACA